AUGACUAGUGCCCCGUUAGAAGCGAAUACGACGCUUCGAAAGCGUGCACGGGUAGAUUCCGAUGUCAGUGCUCCGAGACGUAAUGAUUUUCCGAAAGUCGAAGAGAUAGAACAUCAUGGCUCGUUCUGGUUUGAUGACGGGGACGUUAUCCUGGUUUCUGGAACCACUGCCUUCCGUGUACAUGCCUCCGUGCUGUCCCGCCAGUCGAAUAUCCUCCGAGACCUCCUGACACGCAACCGCGAUACUGAAAUGAUGGGCGGUUGCGCUGUCGUGCGACUUUCGGAUUCUGUAGGCGACCUGACUAAUCUGAUGUCAACAUUCUACGAAAGCAAACACUUUCUUGCGGUGAAUGACGACGUGUCACGCAACCUCGUACUCUCCCUUGGCCGAGUUGGGCACAAGUACAAUAUCGAGUACCUGCGAGCAUAUGCUAUCGACAAGCUAAAGGCAUAUUUUCCGAGCACAUUCGAUGAAUUCAUCGAAAAUGACUUCGAGGACGAUCCAGAAACUUUGAUCGGAUCAGUCAACCUGGCCCGUUCAAUGGGUGUAGUUUCAGUGCUUCCAGCCGCGUUGUAUCAGUGCACGGUGUUGCGAGUCAAGGAGUUGCUCGAUGGCGUACGUCGCGAUGAUGGCACCGUGGAUAGGCUAUCGUCAGAAGACCUCAGUAGAUGCUUGAACGGCAGAAGGCAGCUUCGCCAUGCCAAUAAUAUUGGGACGGCGUGGCUGUUCAACCUAAAGACCGGCAAGGAAUGCUCGUCGAAGGAUAUAUGCCUAAGAAUUUUGCGAAGACUACCGGAGCAAUGGCACACGCUCGGUUGGUUCACGACAUCUGCAGUUCUUAGUGUUGCAGAGGGCGCCUUUCUGACGCUGUUGAAUGACCUGUGCGCUUAUUGCAAGGCUCAAGUUGAGGAAAAUGAGCGCGAUGGACGGCGCAAAAUAUGGGUAUCGUUGCCACAAUACAUGGGCGUGAAAGUAGAAGGUUGGGAGACUUGA